AUGGUGACAGCAGCCCGGGCGUCGUGCGAUGCCGAUGUGCUGGGUGUGAUCAGCCGGCAUUCCAGUGUCGACCUGGCGGCGACGCCCAACGCGCCUAUCGCUCGAGAGGACGACCCGGAGCUCUGGGCGGCCAUCGCGGCCUCCCUUGACGAUCAGGGAGGACGCCACAUGUCGGGAGUGGAUCCCGGCAUCGCCCACAAGCUUCGCCAGAAGAGGGCGCAGGAGCGCUGGACAUCGGAGGUCUCCGGUCUGGUCCACUUUGGCCCCGAGGACCCGGCCACCUGCUCGGACUCCGCCCUGCUCCUGCCCAGCUUCGCCGCGCACCCCCCCGCCGUGCGCUCCCUCGUCCUGGGCGAGCUCACGAAUGCCGCGGCGGCGAUGGAGGCCGAGGAGGCCGGCGUGAUCAAUGCCUUCCCCCUCUGCACCCGCCUGCUCGUGCUGUGCACGCUGGGCGACGGCAACUGCCUGGACCACGCCGCCUCCAUAGGUGUCUGGGGCGUGCAGGAUCGGGACGGCGAGCUGCGCAGCGCGCUGCUGGCCUCCAUGCAGGAUGCGCGGGCGGGCCCCCAGAUCCAGGCCAGGUUCCAGCGGCACCUCCGCAAGGUGGGGAUCCCAGAGGAGUCCCACGGCGCGGAGUGGGAGCGGGAGGUCUCGGCGCCGCGCGGCGACGACUACCUCUCCGACAUCCACGCCUUUGCGCUGGCAAACGUCCUGAGGCGGCCGCUGCUGGUGUACGGCGACCCCCAGGCCGCCAUGGCAGGCAUGACGGGUGUAUACCUCCCCCUGAUCGCGGCCGGCGCUGGCCAGGCCUGCUGGAAGGAGCCGGUGGCCGUUCUGUUUUCGCGCUCGCACUUCAGCCUCCUGGCGGCCGUGGAGGGCGAGGGGCCCGUGUCACCCCCGCUGCUGGCGCUGGCCGGCGCCGGGCAGCCCCUGCUCCCCCGCUUCCUGACGGAGGAGGAGGAGAGCGGCGCGCCCCCACCCUCCCUCCCCCUCCUCGUCAGAUUCAUGGCCUGCGUGCAGCUGGCGGGCGGCGCCCUGGCCGUGCGCCUCGGUCAAAGCCCCCGGCCCAACGUCCUGCUCUCCCUGCUGCGCGCCAGGCUGCUGAAUGCGGGGGCGGAGGCUGUGCAGAGCGGCGAGGUGCAAGCGGGAUCGGACGCGGGGCAGGGCGGCCAGGUUGAGGCAGGGACGGAGGCUGUGAAGAGCGGCGAGGGCGAUGCGGAGGCGAGCACAGCACAAGGCGGCGAUGCGCUGUCGGUGCAGGGGGCCGAGGCGCCUUCGGCCCGGCCAGAGGGGCUGCCACCGCUGCACCCCUGA